GCAAAUUGCAUCACAGUUACACGCACAGACGCACAAGUAAAUGACGGCGGGACAUCCCGACUCCUACAUCCACACACUGGACAACUGCUGAGUUCGCUUUUUUAGCACCGGGUGCCAAAAUGUUGCCCUUCAAGAGAACUUUUGAGAGCGAGAAACUCCAGCUGCAGGAGCUCAACGGCAGACUCGCCCAGUAUCUGUCCAGGACGAAGCAGCUGGAGCAGGAAAACGCGCGUCUCGUGGCUGAAAUCCAGCAGCUGAAGCAGACGCGGACGCCGGAGUGGGAGGCGAGGUACAAGGCGGAGGUGCGGGACAUGAGGAGGACGGUGGAGCAGCUGUCGUUCGAGAAGUCCCGGGCGGAGAUGGAGAGGGAGAAGCUGUGGCGCGACCUGCAGGUGGUCCGCUCCGCGUGCAGCGAGCACAGCGACGCGUGCAGGGGCCUCAGCGGCGAGCUCCAGGGCUGCGAGAAGGAGCUCCAGCACGCGCACAAGACCAACGACGAGCUCCAGCAGCGCCUGCUCCAUCUGCAGGGCCAGUGCAAGCGCUUGGAGGACGCGCACCGGCGGGACGCGGAGCGCGCGCGGCUGCAGGCGGAGUCCCGGGCGGCGCCCGUCGUCGCGCGCACCCACCGCGGGCCGCCGGUCGCCUCCGCGGAGGAGGUGCAGGAGUACGCGCGCGGCCUGUCCGAGGGAUGGAUGGAGACGUUCGAGGGGUACCAGCGGCGGGUGGAGGCGAUGGAGCAGGCCGCCAAAGCGGACCAGGCGAGGCUGCUGGAGCUGCAGAGGGAGAAGACGCUGUACGCCGCGGAGUUGGACAAGUUGCGCGCGCAGGCGGAGAAACAGGGCCGGGUCCAGCUGCGCCUGGAGGAGGAACUGAUGCUGAUGCAGGACAGAUGUCGCGUCGACUUCGGCGAAUACCAGAUGAUUAUUGAGCAGCUGGAGCGUGAGAGGAACAUGAUGGCCGACGCGAUGGAAGAGAAGAUGAGGGAGCUUCAGCAUCUCCUCCAGGUUAAGAUGGACCUGGGCAUGGAGGUGGCCGCCUACAGGGCUCUGCUGGAGGGUCAGAGAUUGGAUGCACACGAUGCUCACAGGAGGGUGAACCAACAUCAGAGAGAAAGAAUAAUAGAUAUCAAGAUGUCUCCCCAACCCUUCACAACGAGAGCUUCCACCUUGACCACGAGGCAGCAUAUGGAGGUCAAGUACACGCCGCCGAGCUCCAGCCUGAGGAGGUGCCCGGUGCCGUCCUCUGGCUCCAGAAGCCCCUCCAGGGUCAUUCCUAUUUCAGUCGCAGGUAGAGCUCAGCAUCAGAGUCCCGCAUCCAGGAGGGACAUGAUAUCGUUCACCAAAUCUCGGGCCGCCCCCGCCCCCGCUGAAGCCAAGCAAACGGGUCCGAGUGGCAAACCCAUCGGCGCUGCGCAGAAAACUGCAACGACGGAGGAGAAGCGUGUGGAAAUCAACCAGGGGCCUCCGAUGGAGAACGAAAUCAGCCGCAGCACGUCCUCCACCGCUGAGAUUAAAUCAGUGAGAGUGGUGUCGCCGCACAUGAGCGGGACGGAAAGUCCAAAGAAAGUGCCGGACGAAGGAGAGAAAGGCCGCGUUCAUGCGGAUCGAACAGAUUCCACCACGGGCCCGAGGGAACAAAAGGUUCUAGGUUCUGUGUCUGUAGAGGAGAUCAUUGAGAAGGUGAUGAAGCCCGCAGGUUUGGAAGCUCACGUUUGCUCAUCAGGAGACUCCAAGGUCAGAUAUAACGUAGAGAAGACUGAGCUGGAGGACGGCACCACCAAGACACAGAUUGUGCUGGAGUCCAAGGUGGAGGAGGAGCUGGACGUGUCUGAGGAGUCCACCCUGGACCAGCUGCUGAGCCAAGGCGUGAAGAAGGUGACCCUGGAGGACGUGAAGGCCACAGCAGCAGGCAGCAUGAUCCAGAACCUGCUCAGCAGCCUGCAGGGAGUGGACGACCUGCAGAACAAGUCGGUGAACGUGGAAAUCAUCGAGGAGCCCGUGGUGUCUCUCAGCGACGAGGAGCUAGAAGUUGAACGGGGGUUGAGCGCGAGCUCGCCUUAUUUUCAGAUUGAGGAGCUAGAAAAUGCCCCGCAUGGUGCUUUCCUCCAACGGAGCGAUGAUAACGCUGGCAAAUCCACCGGUGACACAGGACAUCCCCAGGCUGGAUCCGUCCACGUCCAACACAGCUCCACAGAAGGUGAAUCGUUGUGCUUCUCUCAUGAGCCUCAUGAGUAUUUUGUCUCCACGCCUGACGAUCAUCUUUCUGAACCCGAGGACGGCGGUGGCAUUACAUCGUACGGCCAUUACGGCAUCGUGGAUGACCUGUCGGACGAGCGGUAUUAUCAGGACGAAGGCCUUCCACCCAAAAGACUGACUCUGGAGGACGGCGAUGAGUACAAAUACUUGGGAGGAGAUCACUCGUUCGGCAAAGAGAGUUUCCCAGAAUGCAUCAUUGAAGAAGAGGUGCGUGUGUCCCCCAUAGUACAGGAGUCAGUGCUAGAGUUCCUGAGAGAGGACUCGCUGGAGCCCAAAGAGCAGCUGAAGGGAGCUCUAGAGACGAUCCAGGGCUCCGUGUCGGGUCCUCUGAGGGAGGAGUUGGCUUUUCUCACCAAAAUGAGCAGCGACAGUCCCCAGAAUGUGGCCAUCAACGUCAAAAAGGUGCAGCAGUCGAGUGGCAACGGCACCACCACCAUCGUCGCAGAACUGAAUGUCUCGCAAACCCUGGAGGACUCGGGGCUGUUGGAGGCGGGGGAGGAGCUCUCCGAGGAGCAGAUAAUGGCGGCCCUCCGGUCAUCGAACCUGGGGCUGGAGGACGUCUUCCAGGGCGGGAUGGGAGGAGGCUACAGCCUCAGAGUCUCCACGGAGGAGAGCGCCGUGCGUGGAGGCGAGCUGGAAGGCCUCGUUCAUCAUCCAGAACAGGGCAAAGUGGGGCCCACGGAGACGUCCUUCACCUUCCAGACGGCGCCGGCGGAGCACACGCUGGAGGUCCCAGAGCAGGACUCACAGGAGAAAAGGGUCGCUACGCUCUACCUUGAAAGCCCCCAAGAUGAAUGAUCACAAAUGAUUAUGAUCGUUGGAUGUGUCUGUCAUUCGCUAAAGUGCACAUAGAUGCAGCUCUUCCACGUCUACAUGUACUAACAAUGGAUGAAUUCACAAUGUGUAACCUUUCCUUUACAUUAUGUGUCUAAUUGAUUUUGGCUUGUACCUAUUUAGACCAGCUGCCUGAAGCUCUGUAAACCAAAAUGUUAGGAACUGAGUAGUUUGGGUAAAAUCAUCAGACUAAUGUGAUGCUUUUGGUUCAGCCCUUACGUGUAACUUUAUUCUAAUAUUAUCAGCAAACACAAUGUGGAUGUAGAUGAUGAGCAGGACAGAACUUAACCAAGGAGGUGUGGGGGAGAUGUGGGAGGAGCCAAGUGCUGGAUUUACUCAUAGAACUCGCUUAUUGAUGACGUGUUAGGUUCACGUGUGUUCACCUUUUCAGCAGCUUGCAGAUGAUCUUGUUUACUCUCUCUAGAUGUUUCUAUUUUUGUAUUAACCUUUGCUGCAGAGUUCAAACGGCCCCGUUCUGCGUGUUGCAUCCCAACAUCAGCCCAACCUUUACACUGUCCACCAUCCCGUUAGUUUGAGUCACCUGUUCACGCAGAACAUGUGACGGUCGUAUUUGAACUGUGAGGCACAGUUAGCUUGAAAUGCACAAGUAGUGGCCACCACAUGUGGACAGUACAGUUGAGGACAGUGUGAGGAAAAAGAUGAAAGUGUAGAGCAAGUGAAAGAAAGAAAGAAAGAAAGAAAGAAAGAAAGAAAGAAAGAAAGAAAGAAAGAAAGAAAGAAAGAAAGAAAGAAAGAAAGAAAGAAAGAAAGAAAGAAAGAAAGAAAGAGAAAGAAAGAAAGAAAGAAAAAGAAGCAGUGAAAUUGAAUGUUUUGUUGUGUACUAGCUGUGGAGCAUCUGUGAUCUGAACCUGCUUCAUUUACUGCUGUAUAUCUUUACAGACGCAUGUUUGAAUGUGUGAAUUACUUCAGCUUUAAGAGCUGCUGUGUUAAUGUACCGCGUAGAGCAGGCGUCUGUACAUGUCCUCAUCCAGAAAAAACAUACUAACCGCAACGCAAUGGCUCAGUGUACUGAAUGUACACAGUUUAAUGGAGAUACGUCAUUGCAUAAAUACAUUGUGAACAUCAGCAUAGGUAAAGUCUAUUCAUGUCAUACUAAGGUUGUAUGAACCAGUUUUAUGAACCUCAACAUGGACGGUGCAGCAACAUUGUUUAUUAUUAUCAUAAUUGAACAAAUGGAAUAAUCAAAUUGGCUGGAUUUAGUUACCGCCCUUGAAAAAAAGAUUUGUAUCCUAAAAGAAUUAAAAUCUACUGAGACUAAA